CUCGAAAUGCAAAUCCUAGGCAUUUCUUGCGGUUCCCCAAAUGGAAACAGCGAAAUCCUUCUUAAAACCGCCCUCCUCGCGGCGGCCUCCUCAUCCCCAACUGUCACCACUUCUUUAGUGUCCCUGCAGUCCCUCUCCCUCCCCACCCACGCGAUGCCCAACGACCUAGAACGCCCCUUGGGCCUUUCCUCCCCUUCUAUCUUAGCCUCAUCUCCAAUUCCGGACGACCGCCCUGCGCUUGUAGACGCUAUUCUUCUUGCCGAUGCCCUGAUUAUCUCUUGCCCCAUCUACACGCGCCAGCCUGCUGGCCUCCUAAAAGCCUUCACCGACACGGCACUUGGCCCCUUCGUCGACGCGGCGUUCGUUUCCCGUGCACUUAAGCAGCAGGCCACUGGCAUCGCUCGCUUCAAUGAUUACGUGAAGGACUAUGUGCCCGAUGAGAGGGUACUGAAGAACAGGGUUGUGGGCCUGAUUGCAGUAGGAGGAGCGACGUGCAAGGAGUGGGGAGCUCUUUCAUUGCCUGGGUUGCAGCAAUGUGUUUUCAGUUUACAUGCGAAAGUUGUGGACCAGGUGAUUGUGAGAGGAUGUCCAUUUCCAGGAAGUGUGUUGAUAGAAGGUGUGGGGGCUGUUGAGUUGGCUGAAAGGGUAGGGAGGAGUGUAGCGAGUCAGGUUGGAAAGGGGUACGAGGAGGCUGUGUAUCUUGGGGACGAGGGUAGUUGUCCUUACUGUCACUUGGAUCUUGUUGUAUUAGAAGGAAAAGGGGGGGAUGGGUGCGAAUGCUGUGCUUGUGGGGCAAAAGGGAAGUUGGAAGUUGAUUCCGAGGGCAGGAUUAAACCUGUUUUUGAAGUGGAGAGUAGCACGAGUGUGGUUACGUGGGAGGGAAAGGAAAACCAUAUGGCGGAGAUUGAGAAGGCGGGGAAGAUACUGAGGCCGAAGAUGGGGACUGUUAAGAGGAAGAAGGAGGAGUUCGAUAAGAUGGAGUUUGGGAAGAUUGAAUUUCCUAGUCAACGUGUGGAGGGGACAUGAUCUAAAUCUGCUGAUUUAGCCACGUAAGAUUAUUCUCUCUAAGCCAACUAGGUGGACCAAGAUGUGUCUAUUCG